AUGGCACCCUCCAGAUCGUCAACGCCAGCCUCAUCUCUCACGCAGGCUUACUUAUUCCUGUACAACCUAGUAUCCCUAGGGCUUUGGGGUACACUCACUUUCCGCCUGUUUUCUUCUCUCUUCCAGAUAUACAGUGGCAGCAAUGGCAGCCAGAGCGAAGGGAUUGCCGGGCUUUUUGUCUAUCUCUUCCCCCUGCUCCGGACCACUCAAUCACUCGCCACCUUGGAGAUUCUUCACUCCUUGUUCGGACUUGUUCGAGCGUCUGUGAUGACUACCACCAUGCAGGUAGCCAGCAGGCUACUGCUGGUCUGGGGAGUCAUAUAUAACACGUUUUUCAUCUUAUACCCAGUUGGGAUUUCAAGCGAAUGCUUUUUGAUCUACCUUACGGUGGUCAAUGCAAGCGGUCUGCUUGCCAUCUUCCGCUUUGCAUUCAUUGCUAUUUUACUCGUUUACAUUCCUGGGUCCUAUAUAUUGUUUACCCACAUGAUGGUGCAGAGGAGGAAAGUGAUGAAGGCUGAGGGCAAAAAGAAAGCCCUUUAA